AUGUACUUCAGUGAAUUUCACAACGAACAGCUCGGAGAGCCCCAAUUGACACUUACUACACAACUUCGCCAGAAAUGCGGGAUACUGUUCAGUAUUAUUUCAGGUAUCUUCCAGGUGUCAAUCAGCUGCUCUGAAGCCUUUUUUGUGCUCAGAACGUAUGCACUCUGGAACAAUAAUAAAAUCAUACUUGUAGCCAUGCUGUCCACCCUUCUUGCUGUUGCCCUAGCUUCCAUCGGCAGUCGUUUUACAAAUAUUGCCUCCUCACAUAUUACGACUAGCGCGAUCCUAGGCAUCCCAGGCUGCUAUUGGAGCUCACCUGGUGUCCAAUUCUUGUCGUUUGUUCUCUUGUUUAUGUUUCAACUAGUACUGGCCUCCCUCACACUUGUGCGUGUAAUACAGAGCUGGCGGACAGCCAGGAGCCAUCUGUAUGCCGUCCUGGUGAAACACAACAUGUUUUACUACGCAUGCGGUCUGUUUUUCUCGGGCAUGAACGCCAUCGUGCCAAAACUGUUUUCCGAUGUGCGUAAACCUCCCAAUGCUCUUCAAUAUGACCGAGUUGUUGAUUCUCUGCACACGCAGUCUGCAUACUAUGCCAUCUUCGAAGAUUUUCAGGUCUUUAUCCUUGCGAUCCUGGCUACACGCAUGCAUCUUCAUCUCUGGCAUAUCGACCGGGACGUGCACGGCUCCGACGCCCUCAUAUAUGUGUCGAUGUCCGACAUGUCACCUGCAGACCUUACAGUGUGA